CUCCAAGCUGUGAAAGCACUUGAGGUUGCGGUAUAAAGAGGCACAAGGCCAGCUGUGGUAGACGCUAGCUAGAAGGUAGAAGCUCACCUUACUCUCUGUGCAACCGCUUCCAGUCUCUCUUGUCUGCUGCAUCAACAAGAAGAAAGCUUAAAGACCACUAGUUGUACCAGCUUGCUAUAGCCUAAAAUAUUUGGCUAAAAAGAUAGGCUUUUAAAUUCACACCACCAACCGCCUUUUAAUCCUGCGUUUCUUAUACUUCGGAGCACUAACGCAUUCUCCCUUGUACUUCCUCUCCUCUGAAGCAAAACACAAAACCCCAUUUAUAAUUUGCUCUCUCUCAAUCUCACACACUCUUUUAACUUCAGUUUGAGUUUGUUGUUUCUGUGUUGUCAAGUAUGAAUAAACAAGAGGUGAUGAAGAUGCAGACUCAUACUUUGAAAGUGAACAUAGAGUGUCACUGUGAUGGAUGCAAGAAGAAAAUAAAGAAAAUGCUCCAAAAAAUCGAGGGGGUAUAUACUACCACAAUAAAUGCAGAGCAAGGGAGGGUAACUGUGACAGGGAAUGUUGAUCCAGCCAAACUCAUAAAGCAGCUCGAGAAGUCAGGGAAGCAUGCAGAGUUGUGGGGAGGUCAAAAGGGCUCUAACAACUUCCAAAACGUUGUCAAUAAUCAAUUCAAGAACAUGAAAAUUGAGAUGGAACAGGAAAAGGUCACAAGAAUCCUGGCCAAAUGGGUCCGAUGGGUCCGAUGGGUCAUAUGGGCCCGAUGGGUCAUAUGGGGGGGUGGUGGUGGAAAGGCCGAGAAGGGUGGUGGUGGUGAUGUUUUUGAGAUCCCUGUGGUAAUGAAGGGCAAGGGAGACGGUAAAGAUGGCAAGAAAGGUGAUGGCAAGAACGGUAAAAGCAAGGGGGAGAACAAGAAAAAAGAUGGCAAGAGUGGUAUUGGGAUUGGGUUUCUGGGCUUUGGCAAGAAGAGUAAAAAGGGAGAGGAUAGUACUAAUAAGGCUGCAGCCAAUCAUGGCAGUGCAGGUGGAAAUGGAAACAGUAAUGGCAACGGGACCAAGAAGGGUGGUGGCAAAACUGAUGGGGUCGAUGUCAUGAACAAAAUGAAACAAGGGUUCCAUGAAAAUGAUGGAACAGGAAAAGGUCACAAGAAUCCGGGCCAAAUGGGCCCGAUGGGUCAUAUGGGCCUGAUGGGUGGGAUGGGCAGUGUUCCAACAGUGCAAGGACUGCCUGCAGCAGCAGCAAUGAAUGGUGGUGGAUAUUAUCCAGGAUUGGGGCAAGGUAAUCCUUACAAUCAGCAGCAGCAGUACAUGGCAAUGAUGAUGAACCAGCAAAGGCAGAAUGGGAAUGACAUGUUCCAACCAAUGAUGUAUGCUCGCCCUCAUCCUUCCAUUAACUACAUGCAGCCUCCGAUACCACCACCUACGGUGUCCGAUCAGUACACUCACUUCUUCAACGAUGAGAAUACCGAUAGUUGCAGUAUAAUGUGAAUGUGAAGUUCGCAAGUAGAGUAGUUAUAGCUAGUUAUGUCCUUGAUUUUUUUUUACCAGGUUAAGUGUGCCUUUUGUGAUGGGUGCUGAUACACGGGGGUGUGCGCAAGGUCUCAAAGAUAUCAUUGCCUGCGUGACUUAAAAGAGGUGGCAGAUUUUGUUUCACUCCUUGGAAAUAUAUUAUCCUUCAAACUCCUUUGUAUGAUAGAGAUUGUCCCAAUUUCUUAGCAAAUUGAUCUAUGGAGUCUAAUUUGU